UAAAGAUUCCAUUUGCUCGACUCAAAAUUGUUGCUUUUUAAGUCAAUGGAUGGAUGAUCCUUUCAUUUGGUCAUUCGCAAGCUGCUUGUUUAUACAAUCCAUCCAGGCAGUAUACUUGUUCACAAACCUCCAUGGCACUUGUAAGAGCAGCCGAUCCACAAACCUCCUCUGUUUCCAGUACUUGUCGAUAUUAUCGUUAUGACGUGUUCCUGAGUUUCAGAGGCCAAGACACUCGCAAGACUUUCACUGACCACCUCUACGCGAACCUUGUCAAAGCCGGAUUUCGCACUUUCCGAGACGACGAUGAAGUCGAGAGAGGAGAAGGUAUCAAGCCCGAACUGCAGAAAGCAAUCAAAUACUCACGAACUUCUGUUAUUGUGUUCUCGAAAAACUACGCGUCGUCCAGAUGGUGCCUUAACGAGCUCGUCAUGAUCCUUGAACGGCUCUCAGCUGACCAUGUCGUUUUACCUGUCUUCUACGACGUGGAUCCAUCCGAUGUGCGGAACCAGACAGGAAGUCUUGCAAAGGCAUUUGCUAGACACCAAAAAACCCAACCGUCGAACAAAGUGAAGGAAUGGCGGAAGGCACUUAAAGAGGUUGCAGAUCUGGCAGGGAUGGUCUUACAAAAUCAAGCUGAUGGAUACGAGUCAAAGUUUAUCAACAAGAUUGUUCAAGUGAUAGAAGAAAAACUAAGGCGUAAACCCCUAAGUGUUCCUCACAUCAUGAUCGGAAUGCAUUCUCAAUUAAACGAACUGAAUUUAUGGUUACAAGAUGGAUCAGAUGAUGUUGGCAUACUUGUAAUUUAUGGCAUGAGUGGAAUAGGGAAGACAACCAUUGCAAAGUUUGUUUAUAAUUCAAACUAUGGAAGGUUUGAAGGAGGGAGCUUCCUUGAAAACAUAAGAGAAGUUUCGCAGCAACCCAAUGGCUUAGUUCAAUUACAAACACAGCUUCUUUCUAAUAUUUUGAAUGGGAGAAAUAUGAAAAUAAGCAGUGUUAGUGAAGGAUUAACUGAGAUUGAAGAUGCAAUAAGCUCUAAGAAGGUUCUCCUUGUUCUCGAUGAUGUGGAUCAUAUGGAUCAAUUAGAUGCAGUAUUUCAGAUGAAAGAUCAGUUUUAUCCAGGAAGUAAAAUCAUAAUAACAACUAGGCAUGCAAGAUUGUUAAGGGCUCAUCAAGUUACUAAGGUGCAUGAAGUUGAAACUUUGAAUUCCGAGGAAUCAUUGGAGCUUUUUAGUUGGCACGCUUUUGGUCAAGACCAUCCCAUUGAAGGUUACAUAGAAUAUUCGCAAAAAAUAGUGGGUCAUUGCGGAGGACUUCCAUUAGCUCUUAAAGUUUUAGGUUCUUCUAUGUACUUGGGGGAUAGUAUAGAUGUAUGGAAAAGUGCAUUGGAGAAGUUAGAAGCCAUUCCAAAUGGGGAAAUAGUAAAUAAACUAAGAGUAAGCUAUGACUCUUUGCAAGAUGACCAUGACCGAAAUUUAUUCCUCCACAUUGCUUGUUUCUUUAUCGGAAAGGACAAGGACUACAUUGUUAACAUACUAGAUGGAUGUGAUUUCCAUACAAUUGUUGGCAUUCAAAAUCUCAUCGAUAGAUGUUUGGUGAGUAUUGAUGGUAAGGAGGUGCAGAUGCAUGACAUGAUCCUUGCAAUGGGAAGACAAAUUGUUUGCCUAGAAUCAGAGAAGCCUUGGAAGCGUAGUAGAGUGUGGCAACAUAAGGAUGCCUUCAAUAUCUUGACAGAAAAGAAUAUUCAAUUGAAGGCCUUGUCCUCGACAUGCACAUGCUCCCUAGAAACAGUCACAUAAACUCAACGGAGAUAGUCUUGGAAACCAAUGCGUUUGCAAGGAUGCAUGAACUAAAACUACUCCAUCUUAGUCAUGUACAACUCGACGGAUCUUAUGCAGAA